CUGUUUGUUUCCUGUGGCAAUUCCACAAAUAAUUGCGCUCCCUUUUGUCACCACCUUUUCAUUCCCCUUUCUCUCCUUAAGGUAACGUGUAAUUGUUUCACCAUCAGUGACGGGGAGCUGCAGGAGAUAGGAGUCGGGCUGUAUCCAAGUCUUUCUCUGCUAAACCAUGACUGCAGGCCAAACUGCGUCAUGGUCUUCGAGGGAACACAACUGAAGCUCAGAGCUGUCCGGGAUAUCAACCCCGAAGAGGAGCUGACUAUAAGUUACAUUGAGACACUGUCCCUGACUGAGGAUCGGCAGCAGCAGCUGGAGGAGCAGUACCAUUUUACCUGCCACUGCCAGAGAUGUCAGACACAAGAGGACCAGGAGGAGGUCAGACACAACAAACCCAAAAAGCAGAACCCUACACACUGUUUUACACUAAUAAGAUUUCUGUUUUUACCCGCACACUCUGAUCCAAAAUGGAUCAUCAGAGCAUUCCUCUUCGUUUUCUCUUCACUACAUUCUGAGAUGCAUGGAGAUACUUUCAUUGCACAAAUACACCAAUGGGACACGGCUUUGCUGUGCCCUUAUCCUUACUUCCUCUUUGUUCAGGAUAGACUCAUGCUCAUUGGAGAAGAAGCAAGUUGGCGCCUGCUGAAGGAGGCUUUACCAAGACUGGAAGGGAUAAAAGCAGAGUCCAAUUGGCAAAAGCUCUUUGAGAGCUGUUGUCAUCUGUUAACAGACACUGGAGGAGAAAUUCCGGAUGAAAAUAUCCUCAAGCUCAGGAUCACUGACAUGGCUUUAGAUGCUUCCAUUCAGCUGGGGCUCUGGAAGGAGGCUCUAAUCUACGGGGUAAAGACCCUGCCUGCAUACAGACAGUACUACCCUGAUCCACAUCCGGUCCAUGGGCUGCAGCUGAUGAGGGUAGGGAAGCUGCAGCACCACCUGGAACACAUUAGCCAUGCUUUGGACACAUUCACACAGGCUUUCAAAAUCCUAAAGCUCACUCACGGUGAAGAUCAUCCCUUAACUGAUGACCUCAGAAUGAAGAUGGAGGAAUGCCAGAGUGAGAUGGAGCAUCAUCAAGCAGCUGCUAAGAUGCACAUAUAA